UGUCAGUGGUUUAAUAAGUAUAUAGUUUGCACAGUCGUCUCUUCUGUCAGAGCAAGAAGUGAUUGUGUGACUGAAGCAGCGUCACACUCUUCUGCUGGGAUUGAGUUCUUCUGAAACUGGACUUUAGAGAAAUGAUGCUCAUCUUUGGACUGAUGCUGCUGCAAACUGCUGCAUGUCUGGAGUUAAACUGCAGUUUUGAUCAGUCUGAUCACUGUUACACAGCUCUGGGACACAAACUCAAUCUGUCAUUGGUGCAGGACGCUAGUAAAUAUGAUCUGACGAUAAUAAAGAGAAUAAAUAACAACACAGCAGAUGGUCCAGUUUGUAGAGUAAAGUAUGGCAGUAAGAGGAAUUGUGAUCUUUAUAAUAACAGAACUGAAGUGACAGUCAUUAAUGGGUCUGUGAUAAUAAACCGUGUGAACACAACAGAUUCAGGGAAUUACAGAUUAAGACUCACUCUAUCCGACGGCUCAGAAACAUCUCGAGAUCUUCAAGUGAUUGUUGAAGCUCCUAUUGGCUCAGUGGAAGUGUCAAUCAUCUGCUCCUCCAAUCAGACUUCAGUGUUCUGCUCCUCUGAUGGAGAUCAGCUCCUCUACAGCUGGACUCUGAAUGGAAAAACACUAGAAGGACCAAUGUUUAGAAACAGCAGGGUUGAUCUGGAUGAGGAAACUGAUGGAGACAUCAGCUGCAGCAUGAAGAACCACGUCAGUCACGCGCAGAAGACCAUUAGACUCAAACCCUGUCCUGGACACACUACUGCAGCUGUGACCUCUAGUGUGCCCUCUGCAGUGACCAGCAGCACACAGACAUCAGAAUGUGUGUGUUCAGUGUCUGUGGUGUGUGUUGUGGUCCGGAGUCUGGAACUGAUGGUUCUGUUCGGUCUGUUAGGAGCUUUUCAUAUCUACAUGAGACACACGUCAGGAAAGAAACAAGAAGAUCAGAAAGUGAGGAUGAGAAGAUUUAGAGAAGGACAUGAACACACAGCAGAAGAUUGAUGAGAGCAGCAGCAGAUCAUCACAUCUAUGAGAAAUAACUUCAUAAUCUCACAGAUUCUCACAUCAAUCCAGCUUUCAGCUGCCAACAGCAGAUCUUAUCAAAUAAAACCAUGAGAUGAAUUAAAACCAGAAAAUAUGUAAAAGAAAAUAAGAUUUUCUACAGUUUUAGUUCGGAAAUUUAUGUUCUGGACAUUCGUUUUUUGUAGUUGUUUUUGUUUUUUUGCUCAUUUUAUUUGUCUUUAAACUAGAAUAAUUUUUUAUUUCAUCCCUGUUCAUCCAGACUGAUUUCUCUGAAUCAGAUCUAUCAGAUGUCAUACAGUGUGUUUAUUUCAUACUUCUGCUCUUGCUCUUUAACUUUAUUUCUAUAAUGGUUGAUUUCUUUCUUUCAUUUACAGGUCUGUUUAGAUGUUUUCUCUGUUUGAAGCUCUUCAUCUGUUUCUCAGUCUUGUAGUGUCUCUUGUUUUGCUGUCUGUGGUUAGAUUUUUCUUGAAUUUGCUGCUGACUUUUAACACAUAUAACCACAUUCAUGCAUUGUUCUUCACAAGAUAUUUGCAUCAUAGAAUAUUGCUAAACAUGCCUUUCUUUAGACAUUGUAAAUGGAGUCAUUGCGGAGUUUUUUUGUUAAACGUGAAAAUAAAACAAUUUGAAAUGAAAAAGUA